CUCAUUCGAUUGCACCCUAAGUUGAGAUCAGACUAACCCAGCAAGAGGAAUCCUAAAAAAAGAACAAAACAAUAAUAGGGGGGAGGAGAGAGAGAGAGAGACAGAGAGAGAUAAGCCCCUGCUCCAGGGCAUCGCUAACUCGGUUCUUCUCCAUAGAACUCCAAGCCACUCUUGCGACAGGGAGCAGAGAUGGGGGUGAGCAACAACAUAACGGCGGUGCUCAACUUCGUGGGGCUGCUGUGCUCGGUGCCGAUCAUCGGCGCGGGGAUCUGGCUGGCCUCGAAGCAGGACAACGAGUGCGUCCAGUUGGCCCGGUGGCCGAUCAUCAUCCUGGGGGUCCUCAUCCUCCUGGUCUCCCUCGCCGGCUUCGUGGGUGCCUACUGGAACCGCCAGGGCCUCCUCGCCGCCUACCUCUUCUGCAUGGCCGUCCUCAUCGUCCUCCUCCUCAUCUUCCUCGUCUUCGCCUUCGUCGUCACCCGCCCCGACGGCUCCUACCCCGUCCCCGGCCGCGCCUACAGCGAGUACCGCCUCUCCGGCUUCUCCUCCUGGCUCCGCGACCACGUCACCGAUUCCGACCACUGGGACCAGAUCCGCUCCUGCCUCAGCGCCUCCGACGUGUGCCAGAAGCUGGGCCAUGACCAGCCCUACCUGACCGCCGACCAGUACUUCCAAACCCAUCUCUCCCCUCUCCAGUCCGGGUGCUGCAAGCCACCGACGGUGUGUGGGUACGCGUACGUGAAUCCGACGGUGUGGAUAAACCCGAGCAACGCGAUGGCGGACACGGAUUGCUCGAUCUGGAGCAACGAGCAGAGCCAGCUGUGCUACGCGUGCACCUCCUGCAAGGCGGGCCUGCUGGGCAACCUCCGGCAGGAGUGGAGGAAGGCGAAUAUCGUCCUCAUCGUCACCGCCGUCGCUCUCAUCUGGGUCUACAUCAUCGGCUGCAGCGCCUUCAAGAACGCCCAGACCGAGGAACUCUUCCGCCGCUACAAGCAGGGAUUCGCUUAGUCCGAUUCGCUGAUUUCAUGCGCAGAUGCAACGGCGAGCGAUUACGAUUGGUCUGUUCGACCUCUGGCACUGGAACUUCUUGUUGCUCUGUUUGUGAAUGAGUUAUAUAACCCUGUAGUUAUGUAUGUGGUAUGUAAAGUUGUCCUGCGGUUCUCUGUUUCGUUCGCGCUUACUUUAUUAAUUGCAGUGGCAAAGGAAUGAAAAGUAUUGACGUGGGGAAUACGAUGCC